AUGGGGAAGUAUUGGGAACUCCGGGCUGCCGAAGCUGGUCCCGCUCAACCCGGGUUGGCCCCACCGGAGGCAGAAACUGGACCCGAUGGAGAGAUCAUUGGAGGACCUCGCACCCCUCAGCAAAUUGCUGCACAAAGGAGGUUGCAACAGACUCAAGCUCAAGUCGAUGAGGUGGUGGACAUAAUGAAGACAAAUAUGGACAAGGUGCUUGAUCGAGAUGUGAAGUUAUCAGAACUGGAUGACAGAGCAGUCGCUCAGCGAGCUAUGGAAAGGGCUAUGCUUGGAGUCUCUCUGAAGGAUCGUAUUCGAAACGAGGUGAUCCGACAGAGAACUAAGGUUAUCGACAUAGCCCAAAGGAUUAGCAAACUUAAGUGGCAGUGGGCAGGUCACAUCUGUCGAAGAACCGAUGACCGAUGGAGUAAACGUGUUCUAGAGUGGAGACCACGUCUAGGCAAACGUAGUGUAGGGCGCCCUCCAGCUAGGUGGACUGACGACAUCCGCAGGGUGGCUGGCAGUGGUUGGAUGAGAAGAGCUGAACAUCGAGCUCAGUGGCGUGCAAUUGGGGAGGCCUAUGUCCAGCAGUGGACGACAACAGGCUGA